AGCUCUUGCCAAGGUAGGAAGCGAGCAAGAACCCGCUUCUGCUGAGCAAGUCGCAGAGGAGGGCGGUUACAAGGAAAGGUUGGCGCUUGUAUUACGUAUCGAAAAGUAUGUUGAAUUCAGGUAUGUCAAAGAAUGGCUUGCUGUUAUGGCGACCGCUGAUAUCAUAGUUGUCACUGAAGACGAGAAGUUCUACAUUAAAGAGGAGCAUGUCGCGGUACUUUCAAUAUCACAAAAUACUAUCAAUUAUCUAAAACAUGGUUUAAAUUUAUCCACAAUAUUACAAAAUACUUAUAUUCAGGAGUUGACUACAAGCGCCAACGUCAUGGCAUUCGCUUUCUUACCAAAUUCUUUAAGACCUUAUGAUAAACUUUGCGAAGUUUUCAAGAAAGAUGGUCCCUAUGAUGAGCAUGUCGCGGAGUUGACUACAAGCGCCGACGUCAUGGCAUUCGCUUUCUUACCGAAUUCUUUGAGACCUUAUGAUAAACUUUGCGAAGUUUUCAAGAAAGAUGGUCCCUAUGGACUUUCAUACUCGGAUUUUUCAUCGGAGUUCCAUGAUAUUAUGGCUAAAUGGAGCGAGGCUUCACACAAAGACCAUCUCAUCUCUAAGUUAAUACCCGACAUUGGAUCAAAUGUCAAGGAACGACUCGAAGAAGGUGGCAUGAUGUGCCUGGAUGUCGGAUGUGGCAAGGGAUUCCAUGCCGCUUUGCUAGCCGAAAACUUUCCAAAAUCAAACUUCACAGGAAUCGAUAUUGAAGCUGAAGCAAUUGAAUUAGCUAAACAGAAAAGAAAAGACGAUGGUGAACCAUACGAGAAUUUGACAUUUAAGCAAAUGGAUGCUUCGAAGAUGGACCCGGAAUGGACUUGCAAGUUCGAUUUGUGUUUAAAAGAAAUUUAUCGUAUACUCAAGUCGGACGGAGUAUAUGCAAUGUUGGAGAUCAAUGGGACCUCCAACAUUUUCAAAGAUAAACAACAAUUUGGAGAGUCUGCAGCAGUGAGCUAUGCGGAAUCGCUGUUUAACUGUCUUCCCAUUGGAAGUAACUCAGCAGGUUGCAAGUUUGAUUUUAGCACCAAUUUUAUCAAUUUAAAGAAACUGAUGAUAUUUUACUUCCUUCAAGACGCACUCGGUCUUGGCGCAAUGUGGGGCAGAGAGCGUGCGACGAAGAUGCUCAAUGAAGCAGGAUUUACCAACAUCAAUAUAGUUGAAACGCCAUACCUUGCAUCUUGUGUACUGUACGUAUGCAGCAAAUGUUGACU